AUGACUAGGUCAGGUUGUAGACAAGUAGGUUUCAAGCUUGAGGGUAGAGACUUUGUGCACGAUUUGAUCUGUUUACCAAUGGUGGGACUGGAGAUGAUUUUGGGGUUUGAUUGGUUGUCAAAGAAUCGGGUUUUGUUAGAUUUCUUUAAACGAACUAUUCGGUUUAUGCUGGAAGGAGAGAAUGGAGCAGUGGUAGCUACAGGGUAUUACUUGAACUCUGUAAUGGUGCAUUGUAGUGGGGAGGAGUGUCAGGGUUAUAUUCUGUUGGCUGCUAAUGCAUUGGGUGAUGCCCAGAACUUAGAUCAGAUUCCGAUGGUUAGAAAUUUUCCAGAAGUGUUCCCUGAAGAUAUCCCUGAGUUCCCACCUCAAAGGGAAAUUGAGUUUGCGAUUGAAUUGGUGCCGGGAGACGGACCAGUAUUGAUUGCACCGUAUAGAAUGGCUCCGAUAGAGCUAACAGAGUUAAAGACUCAGUUGGAAGAACUUCUGAAUAAGAUGUUCAUUUGA